UUCCGUACAGCUGAACAUUCCAGAACGUAAAAACAUACUGUUGUUUCCACUUUAUUGAUUUACUAAAUAACCAAUAGACGACUACAUGGGCGUGGAUUCACGACAGCGUUUACGGGAAUUGAUGCUUGCUUGGAAGACUCACCGCCGAGACUUAGCAACUUCAUUGCACAGGAUUUAAAACCCUUAUCGAUGAUACAUGCUCAAAAACAUCAUCAUAAUAGGAUAAUAUAAGUAGCCUACACUGAUAUUGGGCCGUUCUGGAGGACAAAGUUAUUUUUUUCAGACAUUCGUGGACGGCAUAAAGUAAUAGACAUAGUGAAUGCCUCGAAACAAGGCAAUGGACAUGGGCAGGCAGCUGUUGGUAAAGAUGCAGAGGACGAGGAAGGGCAAGUUCACGCCAAUCCCUGUAUUACCACAGGGCCUCGAGGUCCACUUCUACCUGCGAGACUCUCACCAGCUGGAGUUUCUCCGGGGUUGUUACACUGCUGAGGAGCUGUGCACAGAGGCAGCCAAGAAGUGUGGCAUUUCACCUCUUUGCUUCAAUCUGUUUGCCUUGUAUGACGAGGGCAUGAACAUCUGGUACCCUCCCAAUCACACCUUCAAAAUCGAUGAGAGCACCUGCUUAAAGCUCCACUAUCGCAUGAGGUUCUACUUCACCAACUGGCAUGGUGCGAAUGACAAUGUGCCACGUGUUUGCAGACAUGCCCUCAAGAGAAAGAACGGCAAUGGGCCGAAGACCGAAUCAGGGGGUACGGCACUCCUUGAGGCUGCCUCACUGAAGUAUCUGUUCGCCCAGGGUCAGCAUGACUUCCUGAAGGGGCGGGCCGCAGUGCGUAACCCUCAGAAUGAAGAGGAGGCCCACUGUAUUGAGAAUGAGUGCCUGGGGGUGGCAGUGUUGUCUAUCACACACAAUGCCUUGGAGAAGAACAUCGUCAACCCAUAUUUAGCAGGACAGAUCAGCUAUAAGAAAUACAUCCCAGAGAGCAUGAACCAAAUCAUCAAGCAGCGGACCUUCCUGACACGACGCCGCAUCUCCCGGGUGUUUCAGCGCUUCCUUAACGAGUUCAACAACAAGACGGUGAAGAGCAACAAAGUCAACAUCCAUGACAUCAAGGUCAAAUACUUGGCUACGCUGGAGACUUUGACCUGUGGGUUCGGCUGUGAGAUGUACAAGCCUGAAGUGCUACGUGUUACUGACAGCGAAGGGGAGAUCGAAGGAACACCCACUUCCUGUAACCAGGGUCAGCCCACCCAGUACCAAGUCCUUGUGUCUGGAAAUACAGGGAUCAAGUGGCGGAAGCAACAGAAUAAUGCAUGGACUGCCAAAGAGAAGAAAAAAUCUAAAAAGUACAAAACCUACAUCAACUGGAAGAACAAACCAGCUCAAGACGUUUCGAAUGACUGGAAAACCUUCUCUGAUUUCUAUGAGAUUACACACAUCAACAUCAAGGGCUCCACAGUCACUGUCCACAAGCAGGACAACAAAAAGAUGGAACUGAGCCUGGGUUUCCAUGCAGAGGCAUUGUCUUUUGCCACCCUCGUUGAUGGAUACUUCCGUCUGACAGUGGAUGCACAUCACUUCCUGUGUACAGAUGUGGCCCCUCCCUCUGUGGUACAGAACCUGCAGGAAGGCUGUCAUGGUCCUAUCAGCAUGGACUACACCUCCCACAAGCUGCGUCAGGAGGGCAGGGAGGAGGGCAUGUAUGUGCUGCGCUGGAGCUGCAUCGACUAUGACCACAUCAUCCUGACUGUCAAAUGCAAUGAAGUGGACCAGACCGAUAGCCAUCCGUACCGUAACUUUAAGAUCGAGGUGGGGCCGGAAGGCUACGGCCUGAGUGGUACAGCCCUGAAGCAGCCCUCUCUCAGGGAGCUGAUGGAACAGCUGAUUGGCCAGAGACUUAGCACAGACGGAGUCUUCUUCCAGCUCCGCAAGGCCUGCCCUCCGCAGCCCAGAGAAAUGUCUAACCUGCUACUAGUGACAAAGAGAGAUGCGGAGCCGAUGUACCCCGUACAGAGUCAUGUCAUCUUCCACAAGAUCCUCAACGAGGACAUAGUGCAGGAGGAGCACUUGGGCUGUGGCACCAGAACUAACAUCUAUGCUGGGAAAUUUAAGAUAAAGAGUGAGGAAGAGAAGGAUGUGUGGGGUUCCCAAACCUACCACGAGGUGAAAGUGGUCCUGAAAGUGCUAGGGUCCCAACACAGAGACAUCUCUAUGACUUUCUUUGAAACGGUCAGUAUGAUGCGUCAGGUGUCCCAUCAACACAUCACUCUGCUGCACGGUGUCUGUGUUCGCAACCAUGACAAUAUCAUUGUGGAGGAGCAUGUGACGCUGGGUCCUCUGGAUGUGUUCAUGCGGGGACAUCGUCUUGAACUCAGCGCCUCCUGGAAGUACCAGGUGGCCAAACAACUGACCGGCGCCCUCAGCUACCUGGAGGAUAAGAAGCUGGUCCAUGGCUAUGUGUGUGCUAAGAACGUCCUAGUGGAGCGGGAUGGCCUAGAGGGAGAGACUGGGCCCUUCAUCAAACUGAGUAGCCCUGGGGUCUCCAUCUCCACACUCAACAUACAAGAGUGUGUGGAGAGGAUCCCAUGGAUCGCCCCAGAGUGUGUGAGGAACAGCCAGGCCCUGAGUGUUGCGGUGGAUAAGUGGGGAUUUGGCACCACACUGUGGGAGAUCUGCUAUGAGGGAGUUGCUCCUCUCAAGGACAAGAAACUCAUAGAGAAGGAGAUGUUUUACUCAGCCCAGUGUUCCCUGGUGACCCCAGACUGCCCUCAGCUGGCUGAGCUCAUCACCAAGUGCAUGAACUACGACCCCAAGAGGAGGCCCUUCUUCAGGGCCAUUGUCAGGGACCUCACCGGGGUGGCCGAGCAGAACCCAGUCCUGCCACCUGGUAGGAUGCCCAUCCAGGAAGUGGACCCCACUGUGUUUGAUACGAGGUUCCUCAGGAAAAUUGAUAACCUGGGAGAGGGUCACUUUGGUAAGGUGGAGCUGUGUCAGUAUGACCCCCAUGGGGACGGCCGAGGGGAGCUGGUGGCGGUCAAGUCUCUGAAGCCAAACAGCAAAGGCCAGCUGCCCUGCCACCUGAGAAGAGAGAUAGAUACCAUGAGAGAACUGUACCACCACAACAUUGUCAAAUACAAAGGAGUGUGUAGCGAGGAGGGUGGGAGGACCACUAAGCUGAUUAUGGAGUACCUGCCAGCGGGGAGCCUGAAGGACUACCUUCCCAAAAGAAAACACCAGACUGACCUCAAGAGACUUCUCAACUACGCCCUCCAGAUCUGCCAGGGAAUGGAUUACUUGGGAUCCCAGCGGUUCAUCCACCGGGAUUUGGCGGCCAGGAACGUUCUGGUGGAGAACGAGAGCACAGUGAAGAUCGCAGACUUUGGCCUGACCAAGAGCAUGAAGGAGGACAAGAGUUACUACACUGUCAAAGAGGACACCGAAAGCCCUGUGUUCUGGUAUGCUCCUGAGUGCCUGGUGGGCUCUAAGUUCUACCCUGCGUCUGACGUGUGGUCUUUCGGAGUGACCCUCUAUGAGCUGAUGACCUAUUGCGAGUCAAGCAGCAGUCCUGAGCCGGUAUUUUUGAAGUUGCUUAGUCCAAGCGAGGGUAAGAUGACUCUCACCCGAUUGGUGGAAUUUCUGAUAGACGGCAAGAGGCUGCCAUGUCCACCUCGCUGCCCAGACACGGUGUACUUUCUGAUGAGGAGGUGUUGGGAGUUUGACCCGGCGAACAGGAUCCAGUUCAAAUGCUUGAUCACAGAGCUGGAGACGCUGCUGGACGAGAGGCACAGAGGAGAUAGACUGGCUGUCUGAACUGCUAGAGGUCACACAUAGAUGGAAAUAUACAAUAAUAUAAUAUACACUGAGUAUACCAAAACAUUAGGAACACCUUCCUACUAUUGAGUUGCUCCCCCCACCCCCUUUUAGCCCUCAGAACAGCAUCAAUUCGUCAGGGCAUGGACCCUGCAAGGUGCCGAAAGCGUUCCACAGGGAUGCUGGCCUAUGUUGACUCCAAUGCUUCCCAAAGUUGUGUCAAGUUGUGUGGAUGUCCUUUGGGUGGUGGAUCAUUCUUGAUACACCCGGAAACAGGUUCUGCUUGAAAAACCCAGCGUUGCAGUUCUUGACACAAACCGGUGGGCCUGGCACCUACUACCAUACACCGUUCAAAGGCACUUACAUUUCUUGCACAUCACCCUACGAAUGGCACACAUACCCAAUCCAUGUCUCAAGGCUUAAAAAUCAUUAUUUAACCUUUCUCCUUCCUUUCAUCUACACUGUUUGAAGGGGAUUUAACAAGUGACAUCAGUAAGGGAUCAUAGCUUUCACCUGGAUUCACCUGGUCAGUCUGUCGUGGAAAGAGCAGCUGUUCUUAAUGUUUUGAACACACAGUGUGUAUGCCAUUUAGCAAACGCAUCUGUCCAAAUAGAUGGAUGGAUGGAUGAAAAGGCAGACAGGCUGACAGACAGUCUAAUGUCAGUUAACAGAAACAGACAGACGCAUGUUAGCACAGACAGACUGACAUUGACUACUACAGACAUAAAAAUAGACGUAAUCUAGCACAGACAAACCGAUCAACAUACACAUGCACCGACAGACCAACGCACAGAAAGACGUUAACCAUCACUGACAGACAGAAAGACGCACAGAAGGACAAAAGCUACAUUUCUUUACAAUACAGAAACACAUUGGCUUGAUGUUUUUACUUUUCCACAUACUGUACAUCUUCAUUAACUCAAAUGUAUUCUGACCUUCAAAUGCAUGCUGCUGUCAUUCACUAUGUUCUUUAGUACAGUAUUUGUUCCUUUCUUUUUACAAGCUUGAUACACAUUGUAAGUUAAAUAGGACCCUUUUGGAUAACUGAGUUAGUUCAUUUUGUAAGGGUGAAAGACAUUGAGGCGGUAAUUUGCGUUAGCCGACAAACAGAACUUUUUUUUUAGCCGGUGUCAGAGGUGUAACCAAUGAUGUAUAUAAACCCUGGGUUGCUGAUGCUAUGCAUUGGCCAAUUAGAGGCUUUGAAGCCACCGGUUGGGUAUAUUGGCACUCCCCAGAAGAAGCAGUCCUCCAUAGGAAUUCUAUAGUAUUUCAAUUAAUUGUUUCAAGGACAAAAUUGCAUGUAUUUAAGUACUUUUCUUGUUGUAUCGGGGACAUUAACAUUUGUAUGUUUAGCUCAGAUAAUAUACUUAAAGUAUGCAUCAACUUGUCUGUAAUAGAAUAAAUGUGGCAACACAUUUA